UCAACAUCCAUACAUCAGUGCAUCAAUGUCGCGAGCCAUCUGCGAAGCGCCCGGAGUGCUCCAGUAACAAGCGAAGACUAGAAAGAAUCCAGCAAAAAUACAAUGGCGUUCUCAUGUUCCAAGUUCGUUUCCAGGUUAUCAUCUCGGUUACAGCCAUCCUUUGCUUUCAAAUUCAACAAGAACAACUCACUUUCUUCACUCACAUCUCUCUGCUCGCCCUCUCAUCUCCCUCUUUCUGCAAGACGCUUCUCUUGCUUAUCCAGAUUACCUCUGGAGUUGAGUUGCGUGGGAUCGUUAAUGCCAUUGCAUAGCGCGAUUGCUUCAGCAACUUUAGUAUCCAGCUUGUCCAGUGAGUCUGAUAGCUGGGCUUUAGUGCCUCAAGGCCCAUAACUUUGCGGGAAAGGGUUCACAUCAAAAGCAGGAAAAGAAGACGACGUCGUACUUCUCAUCUGAUGUUGGAGCCUAGACAGUAACGAGGAUGAAUCCAACUCUGUUUUACCAACAUGGCAAAAUUUACUAUUAUCCAUUAUCUACCUUAUUAUCAUCCAUAUAUGUGGCUGAAAUUAAUAAACAUCCUAAAUAAGAAAACUUCAGUCCUUUCUCAUCCUGGGUGACUUCAACAAUUAAUUCUCUUUGCUACCAUUUUGAUUUGCAUUUUCGAACUAUUUGUAGUGCACUGGUUUUAUUUAUUGAAUGUUCCUGAAUUA